AACAAUUUCAGUUGAUUUCAGUUUUUAUUAGUGGUGGUGGCGGUGUUACAGUGUUAUAAUUUUGUAUAUAACAAACCAUAAAAGCGCAACAAUGUCUGACAAUAUAAAUUAACAUUAAUAUUUUAAGAAUAUUUGACUGAGUUGUAAACAUUUCAACAAAAUGUCUUGCAGUCAUCUAUAUGAGAAGAGGCCUCUGAAGAAGCCUAGGAUUGGGCCCCCAGAUGUUUAUCCUCAGGAACCCAAGCAGAAAGAAGAUGAAUUGACCAGUGUUAAUGUUAAGCAUGGAUUUCCAAUAAUGAACCACCUGAAUGAUGAAUUUGGUACAGCUCGUAAUUGCAACUUGACUGCAGCAAAAGUCGGAGCAUAUUUCAAUGGUAUUAUCUUAAAAAAAGAAGAACUUAGUACAUUACCAGAUUCAGGGAGGAAGAAACAAAUUAAUCCCAAGGAUAACUUUUGGCCAGCCACAAUCAGAACUAAAAAUGCAAUAGAAACUUGGUUUAAAGAUUUGGCUGGAAAUAAACCAUUGACAACAUUGUCAAAGAAAGCUCCAAACUUUAAUAAAAAAGAUGAGAUUUUUUUGAUGCUUUGUGAACACCAAGUACCAAUGAUGAGAGCUGCUUGGUUUAUAAAACUUAGUUCUGCAUAUACUGUUGCUGUAUCAGAAAUAAAAAUCAAGAAAAGACAGCUACCUGACUCUACCACUGAAUGGACUGUAACAUUAUUGAAAUUCCUAAAGGAUCAAAUACCUAAGUUGCAAGAGCAUUAUUCACAAGCAGAGAAAACUGCCAGUACAACACCAGUUGCAAAUAGUGCAACUAUUAGUGAAAGUGAACAGAAAUUAGCAAUGAAGUUGUGGAAUUAUUGCAUUCAACUUCUUAAAUACAUGUCAGAAGAUGGUUUAAUUGAUCGACAAGAGUUGCUCAAUUGGAUUAUUGAACUUCUUGAAAAGAUGAGAUCUCAACCAGCAGAUGAUGGCAUGUUGAGAUUGUUUCUCCCACUUGGUUUACAAUAUUUAGAUGAAUUUGUUCAAUCCGAGUUGCUCUGUCGUCGCUUAGCGUAUCUGUGUUGUAAAAAGUUGGGCUACAUGUUGAAUACUGUUGCAGAAACAAAUCUAAUUACAUCUCCACAGAGCGAGAAUAUUAAGACAGAAACAGCAACAUUGAAAGAAAAUGAAAAGGGAGAGAAGAAAGAGAUUACAGCAAUUAAUCCAUUACAGACCACAUUAUUAGAAUAUCAGAAUUGUCCACAUCACAGGGAUAUUGUUCUUCAAUUAAGUUGUAUUAUUCAAACUAUAUCAUUAGAAUGCCCAACAGCUCUUGUAUGGUGUGGAGCUGGUAUUGGCACUAUUUGGAAUGGUUCUGCAUUAGAUUUGCUUCCUAUCGCUCCAUCUAUUCUUCCUCUGCCGGCACGCUGUGAUAUGAUAUCUUAUAGGAAACAACUGAGACAGAUGGAAUCUAAUAUAAGGGAACGCAGUAAAAGAGCAGAAAGUAGAUGGUGCAUGGAUAAGUGGCAGCAGUGUUCGGCUGGAACAAUAACGACGCGUGUACUGGCGGCUUUGGAUGCUUUAGAUAGGCACCGAUUUGACCGAAUGGAUACUACUAAUUCUCUUGAUACUUUGUAUAGUAAAGUGUUUAGUAACAACGAAAACGAAGAUUCUGUAGUAAAGUUGCUAUGCGAAUGGGCUGUAUCUCCAGAGCGUGCUGGUGAACAUAGAGCGCUUGCCGUCGCUGCAUUAUUGGAUAAAAGGCAAUCGGACACAUCAAAUUCCAUGGAUCAAGAUUCAAAGGAAACUGACGACAAAGAUAGUAAUAGUAGCAUUCCAGGAGGACCUCCAAUGUUCCAAAGUUUGCUUAUGAAGUUUCUAGAUUCUGAUGCUCCAGUACCUUCUCCAGACGAUUCUUCACAGAAAAAAAUGGCUUUUACAAAUUUAGUACAUUUAUUCGCUGAAUUAAUACGACGCGAUGUAUUUUCUCACGACGCUUAUAUGUGCACGCUAAUUUCAAGAGGUGAUUUACUUGGUCACGAGGAAGCAUCAGAAUUAUCGCAUACGAAAUUGGAGGAUCAUUCUCAUCCAAUGGAUUAUGACGAUUCAAAGAUUGAUGCGGAUUUAGAUAAAAUUCUGCAAGAUAUAAAUGAAACAAACAAACAAAAUUCAAUGGACAUUCCAGACAGUCCAAAAGAUCAUGAUCACAGUCAUCAUCCGCACGUUAUUCCCACAACUAUGGAUGCCGUUGCCAUGGAAACUGAUCAUGCAGAUCAUAAAGUUAAACCAUCAAGACAUUUUCUGUAUACUACUCAUUUUCCAUUAUGCCAAGAUGACCCAUAUAGUCAACACGAUUGCAAUCAGAGGCAUGUUUUACUUUACGGUGUUGGCAAAGUUCGCGAUGAAGCUCGUCAUACUGUUAAAAAGAUGUCAAAAGAGAUUUGCAAAUUGUUUUCAAAGAAGUUUAGUGUUGAUGUGGCUGAAGGAGGUAAAGUGAAAAAGCAUUCCAGAAACGAAUUUAACUUUGAAGCAACCACACAAAAAUGCCAAAGUUUAAGCUACUUUGACCAACAUGUUGUUACAUGGCAAUGCAGUGUAACUGUAAUCGAGAUGUUAAACUCAUUUGCCACUGGAAACUCGAAUUAUUUACCAGUGCAAGAGCACGUUGCAUUCCUGUUCGAUCUAAUGGAAUUGGCUUUAAACAUAUACGGUUUAAUUGAUGUGUGUAUACAAAUAUUGAAGGAGCUCCCUGAAGUAGAAGCUCAACUCAUAUCCAAAAAUUCCGUUCUUAUGAGGAACUACACGACCAGUUUAAGCCUUUACGUUGUUGGAGUAUUACGGAGAUAUCAUUGUUGUCUGCUAUUAUCUCCGGAUCAAACAUCUGCUGUUUUCGAAGGCUUAUGUCGAGUCGUCAAGCAUGUUUCCAAUCCAGGCGAUUGCAGUUCAGCUGAAAGAUGUAUUCUGGCACAUUUAUAUGACUUGUACUCUUCGUGCAGUCUAUUGAAAUCAAAGCCCCAUACAGUAGAACCGUUUGGAAACGCUUAUCCAAAAAUACGACAAGCCUUGUACUCAGCCUUACAACCAAUGCCUAGUACAUAUAGCUACAACCCACAGUUUAUGCAGGAAGUAUUCACAAAUCCAAGAAGAGGUGGUAGAAUUGAGAGUUCUUGGGCCAGACAAUUGAGUGAAAAUGGAAACAAUAGAUACUCUUUUGUUAGCAAUGCAAUUAUUUAUGUAUGCAGAGAAAAUGACAAUGAGCGUUUAAAUGAUUUAGCCAUAAUAUGUGCUGAAAUGACUGCAUGCUCAAACAACCUGGCUUCGGAGUGGUUAGGUGCGCUCUUAGCACUAUGCUGUCCUAUGUCACAUCCAGGAUAUUAUACAGAUUUACAUACCCACUUAGAUAUACAAGAUGCCAGUAUACACAAUGCACUGGCUGUUUUCACAUGUAUUUUAAUAGCACGGCAUUGUUUUUCAUUGGAGGAUUUCGUAGCCCGAGUUGCCCUGCCGAGUUUGCUGAAGGUUAAGUCAUUAGACAAUGGAGGAGGUGCUGCUGAAGGUGGUAUGCGUCUUACAUGCCAUUUGUUGCUACGUCUCUUCCGCACUGCUGAGGGCCCUCAACCUGGUCUAUAUUCCGUGGGAUCCCCACCUUUGACUGCACCCAGACCUCCUUUAGGGGUGAGACUUAGUUGCGAUAGGCAUCUAUUAGCUGCCGCCCACAGGAAUAUCCAUGUCGGGCCUGUUUUGGCCGUCUUGAAGGCGGUUUUGGUAGUAGGUGAUGCGACAGCUAAGGAAGGAACAGAAUUAAGCAUUUCGCAUAUAUUGGGAACCAGCGAUUUAAUUGGAACCGGUGAUGGGCCUGCUGUUGAUUUAGCGGUGAUUGAUAUGGAUAUCUGCGGCUCGAGGACGACCCAUAGACAAGCAAGCAAUGGGAAUAGUGAAAGUACUGCAUCGUUAUCUGCUUUUGCUUGUCACGUAUUAAGAGAGAUUUGCUCACAACAGUGGGUCUUGGAACGAUGUUUAUGUCAUCCAGAGGAUCUUUGCCAUCAUGAUAAUUUAUUGGAUCCAUUGUUAUCCCAUUCACAAGCGCAGCGACUUCUACAUAUGAUUUGUUACCCGGACAUUAGUGCAGCGAUUGAUGAAUUAGACCAGAAGAGCAUGAUUAGCCGGAUAUUGGAAAAUUUAGAGUUGUGGACUUUGCGUAUGUCUUGGCUUGAUUUGCAAUUAAUGUUUAAACAAUUCAACCCAAAUUCACCGGAGUUAAGUCAAUGGCUCGAAACAGUUGCUAAAGCCGCCAUCGAUGUGUUUCAAUUGAAUUCUUCAAGUUGCAGUUCUUCCAACUCCGAUGAUAAAAAAAGUGAUUUAAAAUCAAAACAACCGGGUUCAAUUUGGUUAGUUGCACCGUUAAUAUCGAAACUAUCCAGUGCGGUCCAAGGACGGGUUUUAAAAGUUGCUGGCCAAGUUUUAGACAACAACGGAUGGGUAAAAGACGGCCAGAGACAUAGGAAAUCCUCUGGUGAAAACUCGAGUGUUUUGAGUCACCAACCAUUCCUAAGUUUAGUGUUAACAUGUUUGAAAAAUCAAGAGGAGGGCCAACGUGAAUAUUUGCUUUCUUGUUUAUAUCAACAGCUGUCUCAAUUGGUUUCAUUGGCUAGGGAUGGCAAUUUAACUGAUAUCUGUAACAAUGAUAGGACACUCGAUGGUCUACAGUUAAGGUUUUCUUUAGUUGGAGGUGUGUUUGAAGUGUUCCAGCGUAGUGUUUCGGUAACUACAGAUUGGGCUCUGCUUCUUGUGCAAUUGGUCACGAAUGGUUUAGUGGACUUGCAUACGCAUAGUGAUUUAUUUACAACAGUGAUCGAUAUGUUAGCUACUCUGGUACAUUCAGCUCUCGCUACUGACCCACAGGACGAUGGUAGGAAAAUGUACCAAAAUCUAACAAAAAAGUUGAAAAAAGAAAUUGGUGAAAGACAUAGUGCUUCAUUACAACAUAUUAGGCAGCUAUUACCAUUACCGAGAAUUUCUACUGAAGUAAUCGCAGUAGAACAAACUGGUUAUAUUACCGAUAACAAAGGGAACAAAAUUAGUUUUGAUAGCAUUGACAAGAAAAAUGGAUUUCAGGUAACAGACAAACAACGCGUUAGUUCUUGGGAUGUUCUGGAAGGCAUGAAGAAUCCCGCACCACUUUCAUGGGCAUGGUUUGGAGCUGUUCGUUUGGAAAGGAGGCCUUUACCUUGCGAGGAUACUCAUCGUUUACUAAAGUAUCAUACUCACAAUUUACAAAAACCUGCAUCGCAUUAUUUGGAGCCUCCGCCAUUGCCGCAAGAAGAUUUAGAACCAGUGUCUGAUAAACCUCUAAAGGAGCUUGACCUGAAGGCUGAUACUCCAUCAUCGGUUGAUCAGUCCCCCGCAGCUCUCGGCAAAGGACGCGGACGUGGCCAAAGGAAGAUCAAGAAGAAAGGAACGCCUGGACAAGUACCAAUACCAACCAUGGGCAUGGGUCAAACUCCUAUGGGACAAGCUCAGCCUGGAAUGGCCGGCAUGCAAGGCGUCCCAGGACCAACGCCUCAGAUUCCACAUAUGGGCUAUGCAGGUGCUGGUAUGCCACAACAGCAGCAGCAAUUUGCCGGCAAUCCCAACCAACAGCAAUGGUACAAUCAGUCCCAGCAGCAACAGCAGCAGCAGCCUCCACAACAGCAACAACCACAACAAGGAUAUUAUCCACAACAGAUUCCGAACAGUAUUAAUAGAUUUGAAAGGCCUCAACAACACUGCAAACAAGCUUUAUCAAAUAUGUUGAGGCAAAGGUUGCCAAUGAACCAGUUUCAAGGACCAGGACCCGUUCCCCAGGCUGGUUAUCCGCAGAACAUACAAAGAUUUCGACAAACUUUGCGACAGCCUCAUCCAAGUGCCAUGCAGAAUCAAGGUAUAUUUCCACAGCAACAAUAUAACAAUAUGCAGAGUACCAUGAAUCAACAAUACGCAGGAAAUUACGGAACAGCGAAUAUGAUACCGGGUCAACAAAUGAUGCAGGGCGCUCAAAACACAGCAAUGUUCCAACAACAAAAUUUCAACCAAGGUCCGAGACGACCUCAGCCUGACUACCGUGGUAUACCGCAAAACGCAGCGGCUCCUACAAGACCACCGUAUUUGCAACAAGCACCAAACGUAACCAUGAAUAUGAAUACCAUGGGGAAUGUAAGCGGUGGACAGGGUGGUCCCGCGCCUCCAUAUUCGAGACAAGGUCAACAAAAUGUUGGAAUGCAACCAGGUGUAAGCAUGCAACAGAAUCAGUUCCAGCAACAAAGGAUGCGACAGCAAUUAUUUAUGGAGCAACAACAGCAGCAGCAACAACAACAACAGCAGCAGCAACAACAGCAGCAGCAGCAGCAACAGCAGUUGCAACAAGGUGGCCCUCAGGGUCAACUUGUUGCUAACUUAAGACAAAUGAAUAAUCUCCAAUACCCUCAUCAACCACCACCUUAUAUGGGUUAAUAGAUAACUUAUGAUAAUUUAU